AUGUCUGAUCAUUUUUCCGUUGAAGAAUUUUCAUCAUUAACAAAUGAUAGAGCAUGGUAUAAUAUAAUCUUUGUUAAGGUGGAGUUUAUUUGGCAUGACGUGGAUGAAAAGAGAUUUGUGGUUAUUUUUCUUGAUCAACACGUUGCUGGUAUUUGGGUUGAAGGUAAUGACAAUAUCACUUCAUAUAAACGAAGUAUUGUUGUGUACGGUAGGUCUGAAUAUAGUCAAACUAUUCAGCCGUACUUCAGCUGUUACGAUCCAUUGUCGUAUCCUCUAUUUUUUCCUAAUGGUGAGUCGGGUUGGCAUGGUAACAUACCACGUCAAGGAGUAUCAAUCAAUGAGGUUCGCAACAAUGACAACAUCGAAGGAGAAAUGGAAGAGGCAAACACACGAAGUGGUAGAACAACCAUGGCUAUGCGAGAGUACUACUGUUACAAGUUCCAGAUUCGAUCUACCGAUAAUCUGCUUUUGUUCGGUGGUAGGCUGCUACAGCAGUUUGUGGUUGAUGUUUACAUCAAAAUUGAGACGUCACGCUUAGAAUUUUGUGAGAGAAACCAGGCUAAGAUUCGGGCCGAAUUGUACCAAGGUAUUGUGGAUUGCGUCAAUACUGGUGAGGUUCAUGCAAACAGAGUCGGGAAAAGAAUUGUGUUGCCUGCAUCUUUCAUCGGGGGGCCUCGCGACAUGCGACGUCGGUUUCUAGACGCGAUGACGUUAGUUCAAGAUGACGGCAAGCCUGAUGUAUUCCUUACAAUGACAUGUAAUCCUAAGUGGCCUGAGAUAUGUGAUAACUUACAUGUUGGUCAAACUGCUACAGAUCGUCCAAACCUUGUUUCAAGAGUGUUCCGGGCUAAAUUAGAAGAUCUUAAGGAUCAACUCUUCAAGAAACAUGUCCUCGGGGAAGUUAAGGCAUACGUCUAUUGUCACACCCCGGCCGCGUAA